AGUUGCAUUGGCCUUACUGAAUGGUAAUGAGAUUAAAGCUUCAUCUUCAAAGGCAUGUACAAGACCUGCAGAAGUACAGGUGAUAAUGGGAGAAACCUCUUCCUCUCCUAGCGCAGCCAUUGCCACUGCUGUUGGACCCUUCCGAAUACCGAUGGUUCCUGUUUCAGUUUGCAGCGAAAAGUGUCCACCAGGAACACAAAAAGUUCUGCAGAAGGGAAGGCCCAUUUGCUGCUUUGACUGUAUAAGGUGUGCAGAAGGAGAAAUUAGUGACAGCAUGGAUUCUGUCACCUGUGUGAGAUGCCCCCUUGAAUCCUGGUCAAAUGAAAAUCGAAAUGCCUGUGUAAAGAAGAACAUAGAGUUUCUUUCGUUUAAGGAAAUCAUGGGAGGAUUGCUCACAGGAGCCUCUUUAUGUGGUGCAUGUAUGACUGUCAUUGUUGCAGUCAUUUUUGUUAAAUAUCGAAAAACUCCUCUGGUGAGGGCAAACAACUCUGAGCUAAGCUUUCUAUUGCUUUUUUCCCUAAAGCUGUGUUUCCUCUGCUCUCUUACUUUCAUUGGCCAACCGUCUGAGUGGUCCUGCAUGCUGCGUCACACAGCAUUUGGCAUCACUUUUGUCCUUUGCAUAUCAUGUGUACUGGGGAAAACCAUAGUGGUUUUAAUGGCUUUCAAAGCUACAAUUCCAGGGAGAAAUGUGAUGAAAUGGUUUGGACCUAUACAGCAAAGACUCAGUGUUCUGGGCUUCACUCUUGUACAAGUCAUUAUAUGUAUCAUCUGGUUAAGUAAUUCUCCUCCUUUCCCUUCCAAGAACUUUAAGGAAUUCAAUGACAAAAUAAUCUUAGAGUGUUCUCUGGGAUCAGCUGUUGGCUUCUGGGCUGUCCUUGGGUACAUAGGAUUUCUUGCCAUGUUGUGUUUUAUGUGUGCGUUUCUGGCUCGGAAACUUCCUGAUAAUUUUAAUGAAGCCAAAUUUAUCACCUUCAGCAUGCUGAUAUUCUGUGCCGUAUGGAUAACUUUUAUUCCAGCAUAUGUCAGCUCUCCUGGGAAGUUCAGUGUUGCUGUUGAAAUUUUUGCUAUUCUUGCCUCCAGUUUUGGAUUAUUGAUUUGUAUCUUUUUUCCAAAAUGUUAUGUCAUAGUCAUGAAACCAGAAAAAAAUACAAAAAGGAAUAUGAUAGGGAAGGGUGCCACAAAUAAUUUCUAA